AUGGGCAAGGGAAGCUCUAAGCUGCUGGAGCAAUGGGUGUCGGUGCGGCGCCGGACGCGCAGCGAGGCGCUGGAGGCGCUGCUGCGGCGGCGCCAGGAGCGGCAGCUUUGGCGCCUGGCGGCAGGGGAAGGUCUAGAUUGGCAGCACAUCCGCAACGAGUACUACCUCUGCACAGUUCCGGUUGGCGCUAAGCAGGUUGAGGUGAGCCUCGACGACUGCAUUGAUGCCUUCACGGCUGCGGGAGGCACAGGUGUGUGCUUGCUGGACCUGGGCUGCGGUGUGGGGGCGCUCCUGGCGCGCCUCAGGCGGGACAAGGCCAAAGCUGCCUUGCUGGAUUGGUCCUCGAGUUUUGGGGUGACCUCCGUGCAUGACUUCGACAUCUCCAUGUUCACUCCGCCGCCAGGCUAUCCGGACUUUUUCGAGAUGCAGCUCCUGCGCUUCAAUUUGGAUUUCCUCGCGGAGCAUGCUGACACUGAUCUUGCGGGGAAGCGAUUCGACAUCAUCACCUCACACUACUGUUGGUGCCACCUGCAGGACCCACUGGGUGCACUGAGCUGUGCCUUUGGGCUUCUGAGCUGCGGAGGGGUCUUGCUCUUUAUGGAGCCGCUACAUGUGCCGUCGGGCUCCUUGCCGUACACGGACCACAGGCUCUACGCCUGCGGCACCUCGCCGCUGCGCAUGCAAGGGCUGCUGCGCGGCUGGGCAGGGCAGGGCGUGGCAGUGUUCUCUGCCUGUCAAGCAGGAGGGGACCGCAAGCACGUGCUGGCGCUGCAGAAGCGCUCGGAGGGCCCGUUGCCGCUCCCAGCAGCACUGUGCCCGGGCAGCUUCGGCUUGCCGGUGGAUGCGCGCACUGGAGACUUGGAGUUCUUCGCAUCUCCAGCUGCGGCAGAUUUCAAGGAAUGGCUCCGCCUCUGCAAAUGCUGA